GAACACUUCCGGCUUCCUGUCUUUACACGCGCUCUAUCAAGAAGGCUUAGAGAACAAGGCGGAUUUUAUUCCAACAGCGCCUUCCGACGACCGUCUGGGAGAAGCCUCUGGGGAGGGUUUCCAGUGAUAUUCCCUCUCGGCCAAGAUGAAGUUAGGACGGAUUUAAAAGGAGAUGCGAAUCCGCAGCCAUCAGCUCAUGGACAACAGAUAGGCCUGCGCGAUUUCUCAGCUCCAGGAUGCAGGAGACCGUAAUGUUAAUGAGACCAAAGAAACUACUACUCCCAGCAUCCCUUGCGAUCCAAGCUCCUUCCCGGAAGUGUGCUCUCCGAACUUGAUUGGCCGUUCUGGAGGCGAUGCGUGAGCAUGUGACAAAGGUUGAUAUUUCUUAUACUGACAAUGGGUUGGAUUCUGCACUCUUUGUGGAAAACAGAAAAAAAGUGAUGAUCGUAUCAAGAGCUAAUAGUAUUGGUUCUACCAGUGCCUCUUCAGUACCAAAUACAGACUCUUUUCAUGCCACAGAUGAUGAAGACUCUGAUUACCAACAAGAUAGCCACAAAGAAUCAUACAAGGAUCGCCGUCGCCGUGCUCAUACACAAGCUGAGCAAAAGCGGAGGGAUGCUAUCAAGAAAGGUUAUGAUGAUUUGCAAGCAAUUGUACCCACAUGCCAGCAGCAAGAUUUCUCAAUAGGCUCCCAGAAGCUAAGCAAGGCGAUUGUGCUGCAGAAGACUAUUGAUUAUAUUCAAUUCUUGCACAAAGAAAAAAAGAAACAAGAGGAAGAGGUCUCCACUCUCCGGAAAGAUGUGCAGGCCUUGAAAAUCAUGAAAGUAAACUAUGAAGAGAUUGUUAAAGCUCACCAGGACAAUCCCAGUGAAGGAAAGAAUCAGAUCUCUGACCAAGUGAAGUUCAAUGUUUUCCAGGGUAUCAUGGACUCCUUGUUCCAAUCCUUUAAUGCCUCCAUCUCAGUAACAAGCUUUCAGGAGCUCUCAGCUUGUGUUUUCAGCUGGAUAGAAGAGCACUGUAAGCCACAGACCCUGCGAGACAUUGUCAUUGGUGUACUGCAACGACUGAAGAGCCAACUCUACUAAUCAAAGAGAAAGCUUUGAAGGGGCCUCAUUUGGAGAGAUAUGGCCAAGAAGCUUUAUUCCUUCCAGUAAUUCCAUUUCAAGCAUUUUUAGGGCUACAGAUUGGUUUUACCUCUGGAAUCCCGUCAGUUUACACUGCAAGCUCUUCAGAUGAGCAGAAAAAUAAUCAGCUCUCAAUUCAUCAGGAUUGCUUGCUGCCAUCUCUUUUUCAAGCCUUGGCUCUACCUGUUCCUAUGCAUAAAUGUAGUGGAUCUAAUAGAAAUCUAUUUACAAUAUACCAGGGUUUCACAAUGAGCCAAAUUCUUUUCUUAAUGUCUCUUCAUCUCUGUUUGGUAAAUACUUUUUCUAAAUGCCUAGAUGUUAUAUCUAAGAUUUGGUUCAAGGAGCAGUAGCUAGUGUAAUGAUUAUAAAAACAACGCUGUUUUACAUACUACCAUGGCUCCAUGUAGCAUUUACCUUGGGUUAAGGGCAGAGAACCAAGGAAAUUAAGCAAUAAACUGCCUCCCUCUGAUAGUCUUGUAGAGAGCUAGUAAAUCAUUUAGCAACAACCUUCUGUUGUGUAGCCAACCUCCAGCUUUUUAAAAUUAACCUAUAUGCAAUCAUCAUUUGCCUUCACUUCAAUUCUAUGGAUUAAAAGUCUGAAUAGGCUUAUCAAUUACGUUGUAUUAGCAAUAAAGGGGAAAUACCUUUUAGUCUCUUGCAGCUUUGGUUUCUAUAAUAAUGCAAUGAAGUGAAUUAAGCCAACUCCCUUCUGCAGCUCCUUGGUUUUUUUGUUUUAUUUUUUUGCUGCAAAGGUGGGUCCACUGUCUUUUAUAGGCAUUGCUUUCUGGAUCUACUGCUGGUUGGUGGAGAAGGACAUUAACUCAGACAAGAACUUGCUAUUUUUUAUUAUGACAAGCAGUUCUAAUAAAUUUGCUAUGUGGUUGAAUGACUUGUUGGCUUUGCCUGAUUUUAUCUAAAAUAUUUUAAAAGACUGGACUUGGGUAUUUAGAUUGAAAUUACUCUAGUUAUUUCAUGGUAAUUAUAUAAAAUGCUAAUUUCCAGACUGGAAGCUAUCCUAUUACUUUGAACUCUGAAUCAUAUAUAAUGUUCCACUGACAUCUUCACGUAGGAAUUUCCACAAUAUUGGUCUUUAUUUGAAGAGAGGUCAGCAAUUUGAAAUGUCAAAGUGAAUGUUACACAUCUGGCUUAAGGCAACAGUAUUACCUUUAGCAAAAAUAAAGACCUUGUGCUACUGAAAAUUUAUAUUUUACUCCAAGACUUCGGGAACAUGAUCUUGUAGUGUGACAGCCAGUCACAUGGAACCAUACAUGAGUGUGCUGAUCUUUGAUCUAAUCCAAUAGCCACUUGCCCAAGUCAGGAAACUAAUCUUUUAAUAUCAAUUUUCCAAGGUACAUUGUUUUUCUUCCAUGUAACAAAGAAGAAGUAAACCCAGCUGUUCUCCCUCCCACAAUUGCCCAAUUAGCUUAGAGAAAAUGUAUUCAAUGUGUUUGCAUCUCACAACUUGACUCACAGCACAAAGCAAAGCAUGAUGGCUAAAUAACAACUGACAUUAAAAUUUCCCCAAUUCUUGGUGGGAUAAUUAGCUCACUCUGAGUAGUAGUGUUGCUUUAAUGACAUAAUAUGCUGUUAAUACAAUAUGCAGACCAAUUACAGAGAAAAUACUAUCAGAAAUUCAAGUAUUUUGAGCCACCUCCCCCAUUUUCUCAAGUGCAUAUUAACAUUUUGUUCUAACUACUUUAAGAACAAAACAAUCAAGACUGAUUAGGAAGUCUUAUGGAGAAAUACUAGGAAAAAACUAAACAGUGUAAAAUGGGAGGUGUGCCCCAAUGAAUGCAAAUACUUUUAAAUUCUGAAAAUUAGAGCAAUAUAG